AUGAUAUUGCUGUUGUUGCAGCGACAUCGCGAAAGAAGAUGGUGUGUCCGUCCACUUCAUCAAUCAAGAAAAACUGAGGGAGAGUUUGUGCUGCUUCUACAGAUGCGUGCUUUUAAUGAAGAAAUUCAUUUCAAAUAUUUUCGCAUGUCAGCCAACAGCUUUGAUGAGCUUGCUCACAAAAUCAGACCUUUUACUAACCAUGCCGGAGCUUACUCUAGUUCUGUUGAACUGAAAGAGAGACUUGCAGUGACUCUCAGAAUUUUGGCGUGUGGUGGAUCACAGCAAAGUAUUGCAGUCAGCUACAGUCUUGGAUCAACGACUGUUUCAUGCAUUGUUUCCGAAGUUGCUGAUGAUUUUAGUUAUCAAGGACCAGUAGUUGCAGCAGAACAACUUCACGAGGAAAUUAUUAAAUAUAACUACAACCAGGAGAUUGAAAUUCUGGACCUUGGUUGUGGCACAGGACUCGUUGGUGAACAUCUUUACAAGCUGGGAUAUAAGAAUGUAGACGGUAUUGACAUUAGUGAAGAAAUGUUGAAGCUUUCUGAGACAAAAGGAGUUUACAGAUCGCUAAAAAAGGGAGUCAUGGGAACCAAUGGAUCAGUUGAGCUGGGAGUUACCGCUGGCCAGUACGAUGCAGUUAUAUGUGUUGGUGUUUUUGGUCCUGGUCAUGUAAAAGGGAAAGGAAUGGAUGAUUUUAUUCAUUCUGUAAAACAAGGAGGCCUAAUAUUCUUUACAAUUAAUGAAUUUGUACUCGACGACCCUGGCUAUGGAUUUCAUCGGAAGCUAGACGAGCUAACAAAACAAGGAAAGUGGAAACCUAUUUCUAAAUAUUUUGAGCCAAGAUAUGCAAAUGACAAAGGGGCAUUUUAUUUUAUUUUUCAAAAACAAUGAAAUUUACUGUAGCUUUUUAACAAUAUAUGUAUUCAUUUAUUAAUCAAACGACAACAUUAUCCUAUUACAUAAAGCUUAGAAACUUUUUUCACGCUUUCAAUCAUUUCAUUACGUAAAACUUUUAAAUGCAGCCCAUUAAUAAAAUAUUCCUUGAUAUUUAA